GUUACUAUAAAGUACAUGGCGGACGCAACGUCAACAACACUACAACCGAGGAACAGAACGAAAACAGCUCAACAGGAUCAAUAUUCGUUUGAUCCGACACCCUUGGCCAUGCUGGCAGCACAGUGUAACAAACUUAGCAACAAGAACUCACCGCCAUUGGUUGAACACUCCAUCGCAAAGAGCUUUCAUCCUUGGAAGAAGACAAAUCUUAGUCAUGGAUUAACUUUCAGUGCAGGAAGCUACGGAAGUGGAUUUGGUAGCAGUUUUAACAGCAGCCCCUUAAGUGGUAGCUGUUUUACUGGAAUUGGUGAAGGAAUUGGAAAUGGAGGAACUGAAAUAAUUAGCAUAGGCGAUAGUAGUGUGAGUAGCAGUAGCGGCAGUAGUAGUGGUGAAGGAAGUGGUAUUAUUAGUGGAUGUACAAGUAUUAGUUCAAUGAAUGGAACAAGCACCCCACUCCCUUUUCAGGUUUUGAACCCCUUGGGGACAUUAAAUCAUCAACAUGGGUACAAUGGUACCGGACUGCCGGCUACUGCAAUGUCUACUGGGUUCAGUAGAGGUCCAUCUGUUACUGGUGGAGCAAGUAAUUAUGGGAAUGGGGAAAUAUUUUGUCGCAGUACAACACCAACUUCAUCUUCAAAUCUUGCACAUGCACAAACUGACUGUGGUGGUAACGGUGCUAUUAUUGGUGAUACAGCUACUUGCCUUGGUACAGGAGGUUUACAAAAAUUACACACUACCGCCGCUAUUAUGGACGUAUGUACAGGUGUUACAUCACCUACGAACAGUACUAGUAACAUAUAUACACAUCACCCACGUGUCGGGGCAUCGGUUGCACCUAGUCCUUAUGAUUCACCGACAACGUGGCAUUUCAAUAUGACAGGCGGUGGCCAUCAUCACACACAUCAUAUCAAGGCUGAGAUUCCUUCUAGUGUUAACCCUGUGGUAUCGCCACCCUGGUGGGAACUUCACUCUGUUGCAGCCAAUAGCUGGCUAUCAGAAGUGUCGAACGUUGCAGCCGCUAACAGUAACCAACUCCACUCUCAGUUAUCAGCUGGUUAUAUGGGAGGCGCUGGUGCAAAUAAUAUUAAUAGUGUUGCUAACUGUGGUGGUGGAGGUGUCGGGGUUGGUGUAGGUGUCGGAGGUGGAGGCUUUGGUGUGGAGAAUUUUACUUUGGGUCACCAUCCUCUGACCGCAUCAAACCCGAGUCCUUUCUUUGCUGCAUCUCCUACAGGACAGCAUCAUUUUCAUUUACCUGAACAUUCUUGCAAGACAAUGCUACCGACACAUGCGCAAAAUACAGAGCUUAGUCACUUGAAUGUUAAUCAGCAGGUUGCAGUCAAUACAUUUUUUAAUAGGCCGCCUAGCUUCGGAGCGCCAGGAUCUUCUUUGAGUAGCCAGAGAACUGGUUCAACGACUGCAUCUACUGGAUCUCAACGCCGAUACGCUAGUCGAUCCACUUGUGAGUGUCCGAACUGUCAAGAAGCUGAACGUCUUGGACCGGCAGCUGCUCAGCUACGUAAAAAGAACAUACACAGUUGCCACGUUCCCGGAUGUGGUAAGGUUUAUAACAAAACGUCACAUUUAAAGGCUCAUUUGCGUUGGCACACGGGUGAGCGACCUUUUGUAUGUAACUGGCUGUUCUGUGGCAAGCGGUUUACGCGCUCUGACGAACUUCAACGACAUCUGCGUACACACACAGGUGAGAAGCGAUUUGCGUGUACAGUUUGCAACAAACGGUUCAUGCGAAGCGACCAUUUAAGUAAACACCUCAAGACCCACAACUGUCCAAGUGGUAGUAACGGUUCCACGGGAAAUAGCGGCAGUGUUGGGUCUGGUACCGGUACUGGUGCUAGCGCUGUUGGUGGUGCUGGUAGUGGAACGAAUGGUGCAAAUUCCGGAAACGGAUUAUCGAGCGGUGGUACGGGAAGCGGAAGAGGAAGAGGGGGAGUGAAUGGAAGAACGACUGCAGGUGGAGGUACAGGUGUAAUAAAUACUGUCAGCAAUGGUACAAGAAAUGGUAAAAGAACUAUAGCUGGCAGCAGCUGCAGCGAUUCGGAAAAUAGUCAAGAGGAUGCAACAAGCUUAAGUUCACCGCCAUCAACACCGGUCACACCAGUAACACUUACACCGGUUCCUAUUUUACAUCAUCAGCACCAUCAGACACAUCAGCAAACACAACAGCAGCAGCAACAACAAUCGCAGCAGCUUCGACAACAGCGGCACCCACUCCAUCAUACCCAACAACAACAACAACAACAGCAACAGCAGCAGCACCAGCCACAGCAACAACAUUUACACCACCAUCAUACUCAGCAAACAGUUCAAAGACAUAUUCUACCACAUCAUUUAGUUAUUGGUAAAAAAGAACCACAAGUGAUUUCUUAAUUUUAGUUUUGAAAAAGUGAAUUCUAUUUAUUUCUGUAUUUCAUAGUUUAUUUUUCCUGUAAAUGAAAAAUGUGGUGAUGAAAAAAAGAAAAACAAAAAAAAAAACUUUAAAAAAAAGACAAAGAAAUAUUAUAAUGGCCUUUCCAAAAUCAGAUUUUAUUGUGUAAUGACAUUGAUAAUAUAUACAUAUAUACAUAGUAUAUGCAAUUGUUGUUUCUAUUUCUUUUCUUUUCACACAGAUAUACAAACAUACAUAUAUAU